AUGGUCCGAGGUUCGAGCCUCGCCACCCCACUUUGGUGGUAUCGAGCACCGGAUCGUAGUCGCUCACCGGAUCCGCGUCAGUUCCAACCCAGACGAACUUAUGUGGCUUAUCGCCCUCCCAGCACCGGUCGGGAUAGCAGUUACGAGGAUUAUGGCCACGAAUCGCGUCCGCCUCGAUUUCGACACAGUCGCAGUCAUAGUCGCAGUCGUGGUUUGUCUAGACACGGUUGUGAAACUGCCGGACGUGAGUACGAUAUGUCACAACCUUCCACUCGUCCCCCUCGUGACGCAUCACCACGCAGAAAUGGUACCAGACGCCAUUAUCGAGACGAACCGGAACGUCCUCGGGACAGUCCGCCUCGAAGGCCAUUGAAGCGCGAUCGACCAACUGACGAACGUCAUCCUCGACCGGAAUUGUCCAUGUCCGACAAUCGACAUGGUCGACCCUAUCGACCGCGUGAACGUGCUCAUGGGGAUCAUUUCCCCAGUCCAGAACAUGCCGUUCAGCCGAUACACGAAUCACGACGUGAAAGGUCUCCUGAACGACGACCAAGACAUCGCGAACCCAUACGCCCUAUGGAUAGUGAGCGUCGGAUGGCGAGAGCCGACAAACCGCGCAUAUCUCCGUCGCGUUGCGCACCUCGACAGUCGACUCGAUCUGACCAUCGAUCACGUGAGGAGAGAGAUACGAGUCGAAAACAACAUGACUCCGAGGAGAACAACAAACCGGAACGUCACCCACGACGUCCGAGUAUGAACGAGGAUCGUUUGAGUACCGAGCACAACACGCCGACGGAAUCUUCAUCCGGUACAACUAACGCUGUCAGUACGGCGGGCUCGCGAGCUCACAAACGAUCAACCGCAUCGAGAUCACCACGCUCGAGCAAGCGUGAUUCCGGUUCGGGUAAAUCGCACGCACCGACUGCUCCCACCUCAUCCGUGUCGAGCAAAUUACGGCCCGUACAGGAACAUUUGGAUCAGUUACAAUUCGAGGCGGUCUCAGACACGGAACUGGAAACUAUGCUUACCCCGGCUGUAUUUUUGACCACCACCUCACCUGCGAAGGACACAGCGGGAACGGAAUUGACAGAUCUAGCCUCUGGGGAACAAGGACUCGUAGAGUCUGGUCAGAACAAGGAGAAUAAAGAAACACUGCCAACAAGUUCGGAUGCCGCGGCGGAUUCCGCUGUUACAACAGACGCAUCCAAAACGAACGAGACAAAAGGUGAAGAAAGUACCGCUCUGGUUCUCGAUGCGUUGGACAAAAUCUCAUCCCAACUGAAACAGAAAUUAUCCGGGCCGGAAACUUGGGACAUUGGUGCCGGAUCGGAAUCAGAGAUCGAGGAUGACGUUGGGCUAGGCGGAUUGGAUCUGUUCGCCGAUCAAUCGGUGAUCGGUUUGACCACGAGCAAAACCGGUUGGUCCACCCGAUCGCGUCAGCUCACGGCCAGUUUAAACGCACCAUGGCAACGCCUUGUAGAAUCAGCCACUAAGGAACUGGCUCCCAUGGAUCUAGCUAUGGAAAACAAGAUGAAUGACCGCGAUUUUAUCCAACCGGCAGUGUGUGUUGGCACACCAUUGAAUCCACAGGGGUCUUCAUUCCCUCGCAGACUGGUCUCGCUGCAACGUCGCGCAUCCGGAGCUGCCUGUCUCUCUCAAAUCGGAAUCAGCUCACGUUAUUUGGGUUCUGAACUACGUACCGAAUUAAUUCACCUUGUUCAGGAGCAACUUUCUACCGAGGAUGCUGACAAAUCAGAACUCACGUCCAGUGCCCCGGAGAUUGAUACUAUCGGUUCCCAUACUGUGGCUUGGAUGGAUCGAACUCGAGAUAUAUUCGCAUCAUGUGGUCAGGAUUUACCUCGGCUGUGGUUUGAAUCUGCAAUUAAUUUCGGGAUUCUAAGCGGCAAAUCGGAUCACACUGUAAGGCGGCUUCUUCUUCAGGGAACAACUUGA